AUGGUGGAGGACCCGGCAGACAGCUGGAAUGCUCUUUUUGCAGGGGCUGCAUUGCUGUGCUUUUAUUGCAGAGGCAGAUGGGGUGAUCUGAUGCGGAGCGAAAUGGCUUUCAUGGACUAUGACGACAAAGGUUGUCCCGCCUUUCUGGAGACACGAACAGGGAGGCACAAGACAAUGGCAGCACAGAUGCAUAGGCACCAGUUUCUUCCGAUGGUGGCUCCAGUCAGAGGAGUCAACGGCAAGGACUGGGCCACUCCAUGGGUCGAACUUCGGAGGGCGAAAGCUUUGGCCUUCCCACCAGAGGGGCUGAUAAUGCCAGCCCCUGACCAACAUGGACAAGCCACAGAAAGGCCUUUGGAGUCUGGAGAGUGCGGCAAGUGGUUGCGAAAGUUGCUGGACGUUGCUCACCCUGCAGGGGUUCCAGGUGUACGCCGAGUCAGCAGCCACAGCCUCAAAUGCACCAUGUUGUCGUUUGCAGCAAAACGUGGGCUACCAGUCCCUGACAGACUCAUGUUGGGGUAUCACUCAUCAAACAUGCAAAUGUCACUUGUGUACUCUAGAGACGGAGCUGCAGCAAGCCUUUUGCUUUUGGAACGUUUGAUUGAUGAGAUAGUGAAAGGGAAGUUCAGACCCGACAGCACUCGCAGUGGCCGCAUUGUUGAGUCACCAGUGGAGUUGCCAGGCCCCCAGCUAGGCAAAGUCAAAGUGGAAGUGGUUGAUUCAUCAGAUGACGAAGCAGCAGUUGAUGCAGGAGUUGAAGAGUCAUCUGAUAGCAUUUCUGACUCCAGCUCUUCUGAUCAAUGCAUUCCUCAGGAUCACAGUUUGAACAAGGUAUAUGGGCGGCUGGGUUGGCACGAUCACCGACAAUGGCUGGGGCCUGCCCUACGCUCGGUGGGUGUCAUAGAUCAACAAUUUGACACCCUGGCUCAGACCAUCUUCGGUGGCGGCUUCACCUUGGGACAGACCUCAAUGCUACGGAGGCUUCACUUUGAGUCGAUAGCAUCGGUCAAGCAGAGAGUCGACGGAGAGUCUUCAGACCGGCCUGACAGUGUCAAGCGCAUACCAGUUGCAGAAAAGCGCUACAGCCAGCAAGCUCCACCAAACUUCCACCCAGUGAAGAUGGACCAGUUGGUGCGUGCAGACAGAGAGCUGUGGACUUUGCUGGCACAGGAACACAAAGGAACCUUGAAAGUGAAUGCAACCGGCGAGAUUCCGCUGGACGGCCUUUUCAGGUCAUGUGGUGUUGAUAUUUGCCUUUUUGAGCUGGAAGAUCAGACACAGGUUGAUGUGUUGUGCAAGUUUUUAGAGGAGGAGGCCUGCAUCAGGUUCUUCGGAGAAGCUGUGCCUACAGCAAUCAUGGAGGCACUGGUGAGACGCUUCGAGCAAGCUUGUUGGUGCAAUCGUUUGUUGAAAUCGAGGUACCAUGAUUUUUGGUGUCGGCGCAAAAAAAAUCGAGCUUUCAAAAUAUGGUGCAGUGAGACGCCACCAGCCGCCAUCGUGUACGACGACGAAACACCAACGACAGUUGUGGAUAUCAAGUUGAAGCGGAAAGACUGGGCGGCCAAAGCUCUGACUCAGGCCGGUGAGGUGGCAUUGAAACAUAUUUCGGAUUACAAAAAUUCAAUGGAAAAAAUGAGAAACAACCGCAUUUUGCGCAUCACGGUGCCAUGUGAAUUUUGGUUCGAAGUCAAGGUGGUCGAAGGAGGUGAUUUCUGGGAUGAAUUUUGGAAAAUUAACGAUGCGCUGGAGUUCAACCAAGAGAUUCUCUGGGUGGGCAAGACUGCCAAGCAUGCGUUGUUGACAGAUUUUAGCGAUGCUGCUCGAGAAAAGGCACGCAGAUUUGGAUACCAGUUUGACAAAGACUUGAUUCAGCACGGCGGUUACCAUGUCGUACACCUUCGAGCAGAACAAGAUUGGCAAGCGCACUGCAAAGUCUGGCUGUCGUGGCGUGAAAAAAGAGACAACUGCAUAAAUAAUACUUUUUCCAUCGGGAAUGUGCUGCUGUCAGAGGGUAUUUCUCCUGCUUUGCCAGUCUAUUUGGCUACUGGCCUUUCUGAAAGUGAAAUUCAAGGUUUGCAAGAUCUUUCUUCUAUGCAUAGUUUUUUCAACAUCUACACAGUCGUCACCAAAGGCAUGCUAGGGUUGCCGGCAGACGUUGGCAACAAGAGAGAAUAUUGGGCUGCAGUGGAUUACAUGUUUAGUCAAAACGCAGACCGGUUUGUGGGCAAUAGCAUUUCCACAUUUUCUGCUUUGACCAUGGAAGUUCGAGCCCGACAAAAAAUGCCAAUUUUGCCUUACAAUGGAGGGACAAUGAAAUUGGAAGAAAUCAACUGUAUCCGGUCAAAUGCAUUGACAAUGAUACCUCCAAUGAGGGCAGAAAUUAAAUGGGUGUUCACUCUCCCUCGAAAAAUUGAGCAGAACGAUUUGGUUUACAACAUGACUAUGGUGGCUGUGAAAAGUGCGGCUGCCAAAACUGGACUGAUCCCGGUCUGUGUGACUGCAGAGGAUCCUUCAUCAACAGUGCUUGUGAAACUUGUCUCUAUGGGCGUGAGGGUGAUCUACCACAGACCAGAAUGGUUGGGGAUUGCAGAACGAAAUUUGGAGCAGAAAAAUGUUCGUGAGGCUCAACUAGAUGCGAUGAUGGCACAGUGGCUGCGCAUUGACAUUCCAGUCCUGGGGCUUUUGGAUGAAUUCGUUCUCUACACAGAUAUUGAUGUUCUUUUCACAGGCGACAUUUUUUGGAAAGACCUCUUGGGUAAGAAUCACCUGAGCCUUCGUGGAUCAUUGGUGCGCAACAUGUUUGGUAAGGGUUUCUUUGACGAGUAUGCAGCUACAGGCCGCGUUGGGGUUCCAAAAUUUCUUGGAGUUGCGGAGCGUUGGGGCUCAACCGUGCCAGCAUCGAAGAACGAGGAUGGCUUGGACUGCGGCGUGAUGUUGAUGAAUCUACGUAGUUUACGUGAGUCUCAUGAGCGCUUCAGACAGUUUGUGCUCCGCAAGCAGUGGAAACAGCUGUUGAAACUGGCCGAUAUGCAUGGAUCUGAUCCUUGCGUCUAUGCUGGAUUCUAUCAGAUAUCCAAUUUGCCUGGACGAUUGGUUUGGAAACCGCAAGGAAUGCAGUUGGCAAGUCUUACCCAUUUUGAAGGCAUGAAUUGUGCAGGUGUUGCAGCUUACAUGAGAAAUGGUGGAAAUGAUGGAGCAAGGACACAGCCCUACAAAGAGAGGCUUGAGGAAUGUUUCGACCUUGAAAUUUGUCGGAUCUCUUACCUGGAAUUCUGUUCAGACUAUACUGCAUACGUGCGAUAA